UAUUUCUGAUAAUAAUCCUGUAAAGUAGUGUAUAAUUAUUAAUUUAAUGUUAAAUGAAUAUAGAUCUUCGUUAAAUUGUUUAUUCUGAAAUGGCUGAAAGUCAAGAGAUCCGAGUCUGUUACCACAAAGAAAUUUGAAAUCGUAUUCAACACAACUAAUGUAAAUGCAAUGACCACGCAAAAAUAGCUUUUCACUGUGAGGUUUUUGACUGAUUUGAAUUGAACACUCCAUACUAAUAGAAUAAUGCCAAAGAUUUGUUGCAAGUCGAAAAAACAAAAACGGAAGAAGGACAUCCAUGGCACCCAGUUGGAAGCUGGAAGCAAUGAGUUAAUUCGUGUAGGGAGUAAUAUUGAAGAUGUUAUGGACUUGGUGGUGUUCUUAAAAGACAGAACUGGAGUACAUUUUACACUUGAGGAUGCACCCCAGUCCAAAUGUGAAAACCUCAUAGAUCUUGUUAUAAACGAACAGGGCCUACCACCUGAAGCCUCUGAUAUUUUUAGCUUAUGGCUUGUCUCACCCAUAAUAGAGCUACGUCUCAAGAAGAACCACAAUCCAUUUACUGUAGUGCAAAGAUGGGACGGUCUUUGUACUCUGUACACAAAUGCCUCAGACAAGGAAAUCCAAGAAAGUGAGCCAGUAUUAAUGUUUCAGAGAGAUGUGUUUUUUAAAAGAGAAAGAGAACAUUUGAUAAAAAAUGAAAAGAUUUUAUAUUACCUGUACCAUGAAGCAAAAUUCAAUGUCUUAGAGUCACGAUACAUUCUACAUGAAGAAGAUUACCAUACCUUAGCUGGCAUCCAAGCAAUUAUUCAAAUGGGAAAAUACGAUGAUAAGACUGCCAUAGCUGAUUAUAAGGCCAAUUUAAAUAAAUACUACCCAUUGUUUAUGGCUGUGCCUAGCCGGUUUAAAAUUUUUGGCCGCAACACGUCCACACCCUGCGAGCAGCAAUUCAUGGAGGCUCACAAAAAAGCUUCAGCCCAGUUGUCUGGAGAACCAGAAUUAGCGGAACAGUACAAGAACUAUCUUAAGAUACUUUGGGAGUAUCCAUUCUAUGGGGGGGCUUUUUUUUCUGGUGAAGUGGAAGUCAAACUGGGCAAGAUUCGCAAGCUCAUCUUUCCAUCCCCACUCAUUAAAGUGACCAUUUGCAUCAACACAGAAGGAAUAGCAAUUUUUGACAAGCUCAAAGAUGAGUUUCUGCUGUACAUGCCAUUUAGUAAACUGUCCUGGACCUAUGUAGACAAAGCAUGGGAUGGGGACAAUGAUCCGGAACCCAUGCUGAUCAUACAGUUCCCAUCUGAUCAGAGGACAGUGGCUGGAGAUAAAACUGUCACCAAAUUACUGCAGAUCAUGUCAGGAGAGGCCAAACUGAUGGAUGCUCUCAUAGAAACGUUGGUUGCCAAAAUUCUUGAGGACAAGAGAAGAAUUUCAAGUGAUAUUGAUGUUGUAGAUGCAUACAAGGGGCAUGUGCCUGCGACUAUAAGUAGCGAUAUUGACCUGAAUCCGACCCAACAAGAAAAACACCCUCAGAAGCCAGCAACUAAGACCCCAGUUUCAGAUGUGAGCUACAAGCAGUUGUUUAACAAGCUGGACAGAUUAGUCUUGGAGACAUACACAACAGAUGGGGAAGAGGUUGAGUAAGAAAGCAACACAAGUUUUGCUGUUGAAAGUGGCAGGAAGUUUAGCAGGGGAGGGAAAUUUAAAACUUGACAGUAUACAUGCAUAAUACUUUUUUUUUCAUGAUGUGAACUUUCAUAUCAGAUAAUAGUUAUACAGUUAAUUGAACUAAAAAUUAAUUUUAUAAAAUAGAUUUGAAAAAAGAAAUGUUUUGAUUUAUUCCCUUAUCUAAAAUCAUGCUUUUUUCUUUCAAAUUAGAUGAUGUAUUUUAUUUUAAUGUUUUGUUAUGGAAAGUAGUUUGUUUUGCUUCUCUUGUCUCCCUCGCUUCUCUUGUCCAACUGCCCAGAUGUAGCCUCAAUGGGCCUACUUUUGUUAAGGGAAUCCACCCCACUUAUUUAAAAGGAAGACUUCUUUUUUUUUUUUUUUGCAAUAAUUUGUAUCGAGGGGGAAAAAUAUUAAAAAUAAUUUUGUUAUUUUUGGUUCAUAAAAUGAAUAAAAAAAAGAUUCUUUAAAGAGUCUUUUUUCUAAAACUCCAUUUUAUAUUUUAUUGUUUUUCUUGAUAUGAUGCAUUUUUCUGUUAAUAUUUUGUUGUUGACGUUUUUUCUGUUGACAUAAUUAUUUCUGUUUGCAUUUUGACUGAGUUUCAUUUUUUUUUAAAUUCAUUGUUUCUUCAUUAUCCAACACCUUUUAAUCAACAUGAAAAGUGGUAUCAUUGACUAUUAACUAGAACAGCUGACUAACAUGGAAACUGUCAAAUCUACGAGUUAAAUUAAAUAAUGCAGGUUACGGUUUACAUAUCUCUUACAAAACAUACACAAUGUCGUAUUAGAAACUUUAUUUACCCUCAAAUACUUGUUGACCCUAAUAGGUUUAGUUUCUUUGCUGCUACACCCUAUUAAAAUUGCUAUUCACAAGGUUAAAUAUAGUUAUUAGUGAUCAUAUCUAUUUGAUUAUUCUUAAUUCAAAGCAUCAUUGCUCGUCUAUUAAACUUGUAAA